AUGAGUGACACAACCUUUUAUUUGUCUGAAGCAACUUCAAGUCUAAACCACAACAGAAGUGCCAUCACUUAUGCCAGUGAUGUGUGGAGCUUUAGUGGAAGUGGUCCGUGGCUGCUUGCAGUCAUGCUAUCCCUCAUCAUUUUGAUUACAGCUUGUGGAAACAUCCUGUUGAUAGCUUUGGUGUUUGCCCACCGCUCACUGCGCUGCACUUCUAACUGCUUCCUUGUGUCCCUAUUUUUGUCUGACUUAAUGGUAGCUUUGGUGGUGAUGCCUCCAGCAAUGCUGAAUGCGCUCUGUGGAAACUGGGUGCUGUCUCCAGGGUUUUGCCCAGUCUGGCUCUGCUUUGAUGUAAUGUGCUGCAGCGCCUCUAUCCUCAACUUGUGCGUGAUCAGCUUGGACCGCUACCUUCUAAUAAUUUCUCCACUGCGGUACAAACAACGCAUGACCCCUCCCCGUGCUUUGCUGCUUGUGGGUGGAACUUGGGGUCUGGCAGCUCUGACUUCAUUUUUGCCCAUUGAAAUGGACUGGCACAGCUUGGGCCGAAUGCAGGACCCAGGGCAUGGCAUGGUCAAUGAAACAGUCCAAGGAUUUAGCGCCUUUCACCCAGCUUCAUACUUUCAAAUCUCCAACUCUGAAAUGCCGUCGUUACAGUGCCGCCUGAGGGUCACUUUGCCCUUUGCCUUAGUUGCAACUUUUCUAACCUUCUUCCUGCCCUCGACAGCCAUCUGUUUCACAUACUGUCGCAUCCUGCUGGCAGCCAGGAGGCAGGCACGUCAGGUAGAAGCUCUCUCUAAUCCUCCGUAUCCACAUCCUUCACCUGGAGAACCGUCCCAUCCUCCUUCAUUUAGACAGGUUGUUCAAGAUGGAGACGAGUACAGCCACCAGGAUCCUCAAAUGAUGCGCCAUGCACAGAUGUCAGUAAACAGUGAACGUCGUCUGGCGCACAGGCAGGGGAAAAGGGCACUGAAGGCUAGUCUGACACUCGGAGUGCUGCUGGGACUGUUUUUCAGUGCCUGGCUGCCUUUCUUCAUCAUUAAUAUGGCACAGGCAGUGUGCGAGUGCGUCCCUCCCACUCUGUUUGAUGCCAUUACUUGGCUUGGCUACUGUAACAGCACCAUGAACCCCAUUAUCUACCCGCUCUUCAUGCGCGACUUUAAGAGGGCUUUGGGCCGACUGUUGCCCUGCUGCUGCUUCUCUCGCAUCCCUAGACGACCAUCCCCUCCACUUUCGCUGUCUCUGCGCAACUCAGGAGAGCCACAGUUAAACAUAGAGCCGCCAUCAACCCCAUCUGACCCGCCACAGCCUCCAGCCACGGCCACCGACGCUGUAAACCUGCUCGACGCAGAGCACGCCGCUAUCCACCUGCCGUUACUCCUACCCAACCAGGUAGAUACGCUGGACUGUGAGUGUGUGUGUAGUCGGAGGGACAAAAACAACCAGGACUAA